CGAAAGAGAAAAAAUACAUGCAGGGAGUGUGGAAAAACCUUCUCUCACAGCUCAGCCCUUUCUGUACAUCAGAGAAUCCACACAGGGGACAGGCCCUAUGAAUGCCGUGAGUGUGGGAAAACCUUCAAUCGCAGUUCGCACCUUAUUAGUCAUCAAACAAUCCACAGAGGAGAGAGGCCCUAUGAAUGCCGUGAGUGUGGGAAAUGCUUCACUAGCAGCUCAAACCUUUCUCAACAUCAGAGAAUCCACACGGGGAGAGGGGACAGGCCCUACAAAUGCCGUGAGUGUGGGAAAACCUUCAAUCGCAGAUCAGCCCUUUUUACCCAUCAGAGAAUCCACACAGGGGACAGGCCCUACGAAUGCCGUGAGUGUGGGAAAACCUUCAUUUACAGAUCAGGCCUUUCUCAGCAUCAGAGAAUCCACACAGGGGAGAGGCCCUUUGAAUGCCGUGAGUGUGGGAAAUGCUUCACUAGCAGCUCAAACCUUUCUCAACAUCAGAGAAUCCACACAGGGGAGAGGCCCUAUGAAUGCCGUGAGUGCGGGAAAAGCUUCUCUAGCAGCUCAGCCCUUAUUCAUCAUCAGAGAAUCCACACAGACGAGAGGCCCUAUGAAUGCAGUGAGUGUGGGAAAAGCUUCUCUAGGAGAUCAGGCCUUUCUCAGCAUCAGAGAAUCCACACAGGGAAGAGUCCCUAUGAAUGCCGUGAGUGUGGGAAAACCUUCAAUUGCAGCUCAAACCUUAUUACUCAUCAGAGAAUCCACACAGGGGAGAGGCCCUAUGAAUGCAGUGAGUGUGGGAAAAGCUUCUAUAGCAGCUCAGCCCUUUCUAAACAUCAGAGAAUCCACACAGGGGAGAGGCCCUUUGAAUGCCGUGAGUGUGGGAAAAGCUUCACUCACAGCUCUCACCUUAAUGGGCAUCAGAGAAUCCACACAGGAGAGAGGCCGUAUGUAUGCCGUGAGUGUGGGAAACCUUUCAAUCACAGCUCGCACCUUCUUACCCAUCUCAGAAUUCACACAGGGGAGAGGCCCUACGAAUGCCGUGAGUGUGGGAAAAACUUCAUUUACCGCCAGCAGCUUAUCAGCCAUCAGAGAAUCCACACAGGAGAAAAUCCUCACAGAAAAGCGAGAGACUAUGAAUGCCGUGAGUGCGGGAAAAGCUUCACUCAGAGAUAUACCCUUAACUCUCAUCAGAGAAUCCACACAGAAGAGCGACCCUACGAAUGCUGUGAGUGCGGGAAAAACUUCACCCGAAGCUCAAACCUUACUAGGCAUCAGAGGGUCCACACAGGAGAGAGACCUUAUGAAUGCCGUGAGUGCGGGAAAAGUUUCAGUCACUUCUCCUCCCUUAUCUCUCACCAGAGAGUCCACACAGGAGAGAGACCCCAUGAAUGUUGCGAGUGUGGAAAAAGCUUCUCUCGGAGCUCAAACCUUACUAUGCAUCAGAGGAUCCACACAGGACAGAGACCCUAUGAAUGCAGUGAGUGCGAGAAAAGUUUCACUCACCUCUUCUCUCUUAUCUCUCACCAGAGAGUCCACACAGGAGAGAAACCCUAUGAAUGCAGUGAGUGCGGGAAAAGCUUCACUCAUAGCUCAGGCCUUUCUAAACAUCAG